CCCUCCGCCGUCUCUUGGCAGUCACUCGGUGGCCGCCCCCACCCCCCGCCCAGCGUCAGGCAUCGCCGGCUUCAGUCACAACACGGUCCCGCUACCUGGGCGCGCCCGGCCCGGCAGCUGAGGGCCGGGCGCCGGCUGGCGGCGCUGAGGGGCCGCUGGGAGGGGCUCGGCAGAGUCUGUUGGAGCCGUUCCCUCGGAGGGCCGCCGGCUAGGGCAUGAGAACCGGCUCCCCUAGCCUCCGGAGCGGUGGCGGGAGCGGCGAGGCGGGGAGGCGCCGCGCAGAGGCCACCGUCCAGGGCAGCGCCAGGGGACAGCGGGGCAGGAGAUGUGCCUGUCCUUAGCGGCACAAGAAGCAGCAUGCACCCCGAUGCCACCGACAGCAGCAGCACCGGCUUCAGCCCCGCACCGGCCGCAGGCACCGGCGGCCAUCCUGCCCCGGGCUGCGCGGGCGGGCAGCAGCCGGAGUUGCUGGAGAACGCCCAGGCGGCGGCGGCGGCGGCGCCCAGGGGUCCCGGCGGCGGUUGCUGGCGGGUGCCCUUGGCCGUGGCCGCAUUCGCCGCCGUGGCUCUCUCCUUCUUGGGGCCCGGCUGCUGGGAGGCGGCGGGAGGCGCGGGGCCGUGCACCGUCCUGCUCCGGCUCAGCCUGUACCUGAGUUGCGCGGCGGCCGCCUUCCUGCUGGGGACCCUCUUCGCCCUCGUUGGCUGGAGCCCUCGCGCCUCGCCGCCCGACUUCGUCGGCGCCUGGAGCCGGCUGGCCGCUGCCCCCGGCUGCCCGCUGCGGAGUUCUGUGUGUGGAAACUCAAAUGAGACAGUUCAGCCUAGAAGGGUAGUAAUUUCUCAUAAUAUGGAUAAAGCUCUGAAAGAAGUGUUUGACUACAGUUACAGAGAUUACAUUCUCUCCUGGUAUGGAAAUCUCAGCAGAGAUGAGGGGCAGCUUUACAAUCUGCUUUCGGAAGACUUUUGGGAAAUUGCCAGACAGCUGCGACACAGAUUGAGUCACGUGGAUGUGGUUAAAGUUGUCUGCAAUGAUGUUGUAAGAACUUUACUCACUCAUUUCUGUGACCUGAAAGCUGCUAAUACCAGACAUGAAGAACAGCCAAGGCCUUUUGUGUUGCAUGCAUGCUUAAGGAACUCAGAUGAAGAAGUAAGAUUUUUACAAACAUGUUCUCGGGUUCUGGUGUUCUGUCUACUCCCAUCAAAGGAUGUCCAGUCUCUCAGCUUACGUAUAAUGCUCGCAGAAAUUCUCACGAUGAAAGUCUUAAAGCCAAUAGUGGAGUUAUUGAGUAAUCCAGAUUACAUUAACCAAAUGCUGCUUGCCCAGUUGGAGUACAGAGAACAGAUGAAUGAACAUCACAAGAGAGCCUACACCUAUGCUCCCUCUUAUGAAGAGUUCAUCAAGCUCAUCAAUGGCAACUCUGAUGUAGAAUUCUUGAAGCAGCUAAGGUAUCAAAUUGUAGUGGAAAUAAUCCAGGCAACUACAAUUAGCAGUUUUCCCCAACUGAAGAGGCACAAGGCCACAGUUCUAGAAAGAGCACAAUGCCUGAUACAUAGUAAGGAAUCUGCUGCAAUGAAAGCUGAUCUCCUGAGGGCCAGGAAUAUGAAAAGGUACAUUAACCAACUGACUGUGGCAAAGAAGCAGUGUGAAAAGAGAAUCAGAAUUCUGGGAGGUCCUGCCUAUGACCAGCAAGAGGAUGGGGCCUUGGAUGAGGGGGAAGGGCCUCAAAACCAGAAGAUUCUUCAGUUUGAAGAGAUCUUGACCAAUCCUUUGUACCGAGAGCACUUUCGAUUAUACAUGGAAAGGAUAGACAAAAGAGCUCUGAUUAGUUUUUGGGAGUCUGUGGAACAUUUAAAGAGUGCAAACAAGAAUGAAAUUCCACAAUUAGUUGGUGAAAUUUAUCAGAAUUUCUUUGUGGAAAGCAAAGACAUAUCUGUAGAAAAAUCACUUUACAAAGAAAUCCAGCAAUGUCUUGUAGGAAAUAAAGGUAUUGAGGUGUUCUACAAAAUCCAGGGAGAUGUAUAUGAGACCUUAAAGGAUAGAUAUUACCCUUCAUUUAUUGUCAGCGAUUUGUAUGAGAAAUUGAUGAUAAAAGAGGAAGAAAAACAUGUCUCAAAAUUGAUUUCCAACAAAGAUGAUAUG